AUGAAUGCCAAUCGACAGUGGAUGUAUAAUAGGCUCAAGGAUGGGUUGUUGAAUAUUGAAUUUUUAAACGGUUUAGAGGAGUUCAUACAAUUUGCUUCAACCCAUCCUGAAUGUAUGGAUGGUAUGAAUAUAAGAUGUCCUUGUAGUAUGAGAAGGUGUUCGAAUCGGAGGUUCCUCUGUGUGGACGAUGUACGAUAUCAUCUGAUGAAAAAUGGUUUCGUCCCUAAUUACUACAGGUGGACAGCACAUGGUGAAUGUUGGGAUGAUCAAGGAACCUCUAGUGUGCUAUUGUCUGAAACUAUCAUGGAAAACGAUUUUCAAACUGGGGCUAAUGGCCGAUACCAUGAAAUGGUACUUGAAGGGUUUGGUUUACCGCCUCAAAUUGAAUUCAUGGAGGAGGCACCUAAUGCCGAGGCACAAAGGUUGUAUGAAAUGUUACAAGCAGCAAGUGAAGAGUUAUGGCCAGGAUGCAAUAAGCACACAAAACUGUCUGCUGUGGCACGUUUGAUGAACAUGAAAUCGGAGCAUCAUUUCUCUGUAAAAUGUUUUGAUCAGAUUGUCGAGUUUUUGAAAGAAGUUCUACCCGAAGAUAAUGUGCUUCCUAAUAAUUUUUACAAAAUGAAAAAGUUAAUUGAGGGUUUGGGUCUACCAGUGGAAAAGAUUGUUUGUUGCAGAAAUAAUUGCAUGAUAUAUUGGUCUAGUGACGCUGAGUUACAAGAAUGCAAGUUUUGCCAGCUUCCUAGAUAUAAACGCACGGUAAACAGCUUGACAAAGCAAGUUGUUCAGAAGCCAUAUAAGAAGAUGUAUUACUUUCCUCUCACUCCAAGGUUACAACGGCUUUAUGCAUCAGACGCAACAGCACCCCAUAUGAGAUGGCAUGCUGAACAUGAAUAUGAGGAAGGGGUCAUGCAUCAUCCAUCUGAUUCUCCUGCAUGGAAACACUUCAAUGCAUGUUAUCCAUCAUUUGGAUCAGAGAUAAGGAAUGUGAUGCUUGGAUUGUCUACUGACGGAUUCCAACCAUUUGGACAAUCUGGCCAAUAG